GUCCACUCAUCUUAAAGUGGCCAAGUUUGGACAACACUGCCUUAUUAUCUCCCCUACAACCACUGCUUGCUCCACUUGCCUGGCAUUACCAGACUUCAGGGUGCUGAUAAAAGCAAAGCAAAUUCUAGAACAAGUCCAAAGAAAAGCAACAGGGAGGAUCAGCAGCCUGGAAAGUAAACUUUGCGUGCUUCAAAAAUGAUUUGGGAUAAUUACUUUGUACCUGGCAGGAGCCCAACAUCUCUUUGCUAUUCAUUAUAGCAGCCUGUCUUUUUUAGGCUUCCAUACAACCCUGAAAAAAGACGUGUCCGUUCAAUGGUUUAACUCAUUACAUUUAAUGUGGCUUAAAGCAGCUGAAUCUUUUUUCCCCCCCAGUUGCAUGAAAAAAGCAGGGUGCUUUACUAAAUAGCAGAAAAAUGGGGUGCAAGAUUCAUAGCAUGUUUCUUUCAAAUCAUUCUCAAAUUUUCUCUCCUGAAAACUAUGUCCUACAGGAAGAGAUUACAGGAACUGGGUAUGUUUAGUCUUGAAAAUGAGGGUGGAGGGUGGGAAAUAAGAUACUGUAGCUUUCUUCAAAUACCUAAAAGGAUCCCGUACAGAAGAACGCCAUAAUCUGUAAGAGUAAAACACGGAAUAAUAUCCUUAAAUUCCAGGAAGACAAUGUCCACCAGAAUGAAAAGAAAAGAAAUCCUAAGCAGUUUGACAGCAGAGCUAAUUUCCAAGAUUGGUGGUGAGGUCCUCUUCCCUGACUGAGUUAAGGUAGAGGCAGGAAAAUGAGGCUUGCUUUAAUUUGGAUUCUUGCAUCGACUGGGGGCUGGCCUCAAUUGUCUAAAAGCUUUUUCUAACUAUGAUUCUCCAGACCUGACCACAUCUGUCACAGGUCACUGUGACAGAUGAUGAGCGUCGUGAUUAGAUCAAGACAGAGAUCAGAGAGAGAUGAUUUGACUAAAAAGCCAUCUUUUUAUUCCAUGUAUAUUUAAAAGAUUAUGUUAAAAUUACAAGCAGUUGUGUGGUCCCAUUCUUUAACACUUAAACAUACCAGAGGGGGAGUUCUUUUCAGUGCCAGCACUGUCUGUGAUACCAUGGAAAGCAAAGUUAACUAGUUUGUCAGAUUGAUUGUCUUAUUCCAUCCUACCCCUCUUCUCUCCUAACACUGCCUUUAAUUUUCUAUUUUUGUCCUAAGCCAAUUAAGGACCUUCCUUUCCUAUUACAGCAACCAUAAACAAAAAGGGUGAGGCUGAGGUUGGAGAAAGCAAUGGAGAAACUGGCAGAAAGAUGAAGGGAAGAAAAUAGGAUAGGUGGGAGGGAAGACAUGUUGGUGUGGACACAGUGUCCUUCAUUCUUCAUAGUCCAGUAGUUACUGCUGAGAGUAUUGGUAUUUGAGUGCGAAGCUGUGAGUCAGACACAUUCCUCCAUCAAAAAGGGGAAUGCUAUUUUUGAGUAGAGGGCAGUUGGACAGCAGAAGAGAUGAGGAAGAAAUCUGUUUGAUUGCUCUGGGAAGAUUUCUUUGCACUAAUGGGCCAGCAGAUGAAAACUGGAAUAGAGAGAGACAUUGAAGACACACAGACACACAGAGGACACAAUCUAUGGAGGCUGAAAGCAGCAAGAGGAAACCAUGCUGUUUAAUAUGGCUGUACUUCUUUCAAUCAUGAUCUUUCUCUAAGGAAUGGUAAGAAGCAUUGCUGAGCAUGACAUGCGAAGAAGAUUCUUCAUUUCUUAUGAAGAAUAGUGUUUUUUUUCUCACAUCCAACCUAUUUUUGAUUUCUUCCCACUAGCAUUCCUAUCCCUUCUUAUUGACCCUAAGUUGCCAGAAGUGCGAGGCACAACAUGUGGCUGUUGUAAGUUUUCUCUAGAAUUGGAGUGCAUUUUGGCUAGUCAGUGAUGGCGGAACUCAUUGAAGAACCAUCAUGGAGCAAUUUCUCUGAUGAAGAAGUUGACUUUAGGGAGCACAGUUCUCUCACGGGAGUUUUGGGAACAAUCCUCCUCCUGAUGUGCCUCAUUGGGAUGGCAGGGAAUAUUUACACACUGGUGGUGGCAUUUGGUAGCAUGGCAAUUCGUUCAGCAAGUUGUUUGUGUGUAUAUGUUAUUAACUUGGCCUUGGCGGACUUACUCUACCUUUCCACUAUUCCCUUUGUGGUCUGUACAUAUUUUGCCCAGGACUGGUUCUUUGGAGAUGCAGGAUGCAGAUUUUUGCUUAGCUUGGACUUGUUCACAAUGCAUGCUAGCAUCUUUCUGCUGACAGCCAUGAGCUUGGAACGUUAUUGGGCAGUGACCCGACCGCUAAGGGCUAGGAUUGCUGGGAAUAGUUAUCACAAACUUGCCAGCAUUGCUAUGUGGCUUCUCUCAUUGUUGCUUACCAUACCAAUGAUGGUCAUGAUCCAGCAGCAGGAAGGCAGAAGCCAUAAACAUAUUUGCUUUCCCACGUGGACACCUGAUGCCUUCCGAGUUUACCUCACAGUUCUCUUUGGCACUAGCAUCCUAGGGCCUGGCCUUGUCCUAGCUGUACUGUACUCACGUCUUGCAUGGGCCUAUUGGAUUUCCACAAAAGCUAUGCAGCCUCAGGUAAUGGGCAGGAUACUGAAACAGAAGCUGUUCUCCAGGAUCUUCAGCAUCAUUGUGGCCUAUUGGGCUUGCUUUGUACCAUUCUGGGCCUGGCAAUUAGCCAAGUUGUACUGGCCAACGGACUUGGAGAUUGGGCCUACUACUCAAGCUUACCUCAACUUUGGUGUUACCUGCUUGACCUAUAGCAACAGUUGCAUCAACCCAUUCCUUUAUACUCUGCUAACGAAGAAUUACCGUGAAUACAUAUCAACUCAGUGUGAGGAAAGACAAGGCAGACAGUACGCCUUCUUUAGGAGGGUGAGAGAUGCAAAACCCCAAGCAGAACUUGUAUCUGCAGCACAGGGAGUUGCACCAGACUGAAGAAACAGAAGAUAUCCAUUGAUAAUUAAUGCCAAAGAUGCCAUUGUCCAUAAGGUUCAUCUUACUUAAUUCCAGAACUUCAACCUUUUUGGGUCUGUGGGCACAUUUACCUACCCUCUGGAGACCCGUAAGAUGCUCUCAGCUUACCUUUUCCUUAUUCUGAGGAGAUAAGCACACUUCCAAAUUAAGCAUGGGCUGCAGCCACUCAACAUUUUAUUUCCUAGGAUUGCUAGUGGGGAUUAUGAAGACUUAGAAGUAUUACUGAGAAUAAAAAAUAAUGCUAGAGAGUGGGACAUUGCUUUGAAUUCCCAUUUCAUUUUUCUUCAAAAUCAGUUGGGGAAGGAAAACCAGUUAGCAUUAAAGGAGAUACCCAUGGUAAAUUGGUAACCACAAGCACCUUGCUGCAGAUACUAGAUAUAGGUGUGCAAAAUGUAAUGCAUUUUGCUGUCAGUGAUUCAGUCAGGUGGCCAAAGGGGAUGGAUCAGCCUGGCACCUACUGGCCAUUUCACUCUCCUCCAGGAUCAUUCUGUUUUAGGGAGACAGAGAAUCCACCUUUUUCAAACCAGGCUUUCCUACCGCCUUGUGGAAACUGUAGAUCACCUCCUGGCCAGGCUCAGGAUGUGGCACUUAUGAAAAAGCCUCCCGCUGUACCUGUUACCUCCCCGAGUCCAUGGAUCAGCUGUGCAGUGGGCAUGGACUUGGGGAGGUUUUUUUUUUUUUUUUUAAGGGUGGUUUUAUCUGUAAAUUGAAUGCUCUUUCAAAACUCUGUACCUGCACACACCACUGUUGGUGAGGGGAAUGAGGAAAGGAUGGAUGAACCAUUGCCAGGAGGAGGUUCAGAAAAGAUUACUCAGUCUUGAGAAAGAAAUUGAAAAUAGCCCUGCCUUGAUUUUGUUUGGUAUAAGAUGUAGUAGAUAAAAACUCUGACAGACUUACUUUCAUGGUGCUGUUAUUAUACCCUACAACAAUAAAAAGCAUU